UCUACGUGUCUGCAUUAAAAUCACUUAUCGUUGAACAAUUCGGAAUUUUACGCUAACAGUGUUGUUUGGCAUGUUGCAGAGAUUCUAACAGUAAAUUAGUAUUUAAUAGUUCUUGUUGGUUAAUUGCCUUUUCUUCUCUUCUAUGUGACUAUGUCAUUGAUAAAGAACAUGUCUUUUUUGCUGUGUACAUAUUUGCAUUGAAGUCAGUGGAUGGCACGAGGCACGAGUGUGGCAUGAGCAUGAACCACGCAAUGGACACAUUUAGGAAGUUUUCUAGGACGAUGUCGUCCAUUUGUUGUAGUUUAACUUCUCUUCAAAUGUGUUUGAAAUCUUAUUAUUGAUGAGUAAAUUUUAACAACCUUACAAUUUGGAGACGAAGUUAAAAAAUGUUCGCCAAAAUUCUGAAACGCAUCCCAAAACCUCAGCGUUUGAUGGUGUUUUUUAUUCCUUUCGCGUUUUUGUGGAUUCUUUACUUGGCAAAAAUUCAAUUGGACCUGCAUCGUCUACAUUUGGACAAAGGUUAUUUGAGAGAGAGGAUUGUAGAAUUGUCUAAAGAGUAUGUGAAAGCUGUUGCAAAAGACCGGAGCGAGAAAUCGACACCUGGCCUUCUCAAGGAUAAGGUGUCGGAUUUAAAGCAAACGACAGCACUUUUGUUGGAAAACAUGCUUAAUCGUCUGCAGAUGUUGGAAAAACAAGUUGAAAAUGUAGUUGCUCAAAGUGCAAUUGAUAUUUCUGCACUGUCUCAGAAAGUGAAUGCCCUUAACCAGUCACUAAGAAGUUUUGCUAGCAACUUUACAAACAGCCACAGUUUUAUGCAAUGUUUUGUUCCUGAUGACCCAGAGUAUCCAGAUUGUGCUUCAAAAGUUGAGUGGAUGGAAGAACAUUGGGAAAGUCAUCCGAAGUAUGCGGCCCAUGAUGUGAAUGGCUCUUUGUGCUCGAUUCUUAAAUAUCUCAGUGAGGUUGAGGAUUUCUGUCCCAAGAAUAGCUACCAAAAUACAUGGUCAAGUCUUGAUAAUGGCUGCACAAUUCCAAAGAAAACUUCAUCCUAUCCUAGUUGUGCAGAGAAAGUGCAGUGGAUGAGGGAACACUGGAAGAGUGAUCCUUGUUAUGAAACGGAUUUUGGAGUAAACGGGACUCUGUGUUCAUUUCUGAUUUAUCUUAGUGAGGUUGAGUCGUGGUGCCCUCGUUUACCUGGAGUGAAACAUAUUUCUCCUCAAAAUUCGGUUGAAAAAAAUAUUUCCAAAGUUGAUUUGAGAGGAACCAGUCUCGAGCACUUGAUUGGCAAAUUGACCAACGUUAUUUCUGAAUCACGAUUGAAUUGGAUACGGAGUCGUGUUGUGCGCAUGUAUAGUUACUGGGAGAAAGGAAGGAGAGAGUUGAAGAAGAGAGUUAACAUUGUUGAUAAACCAAGAAUGAAGAUUCUCAUUCAUAUUGGAGUUCUUGCUGAAGAGACGCGUUUACAUUUCGCUCAGACAGCUGAUAAAGGUGGUCCAUUGGGUGAGUUGGUUCAAUGGGGCGAUAUCAUUGCAUCCUUGUACACCCUGGGACAUGAUAUUUACGUCACAGUUGAACAUUCUGAAAUGCUAAGUCUCUUGGUUGGCAGUGAUGGUGAAAUGAAGCGAUCGUGUCCACCUAAGGAUGGACGACGUAAAUUUGAUUUGUUUUUCACUGAUUAUUACGGUCUCUCGCGUCUUCACAAGAAAGCAAAUCAAUUACUUGAUCAGCUCAGGUGUACAUUACGUAUUGUCGAUUCGUUUGGAACGGAAGCACAAUUCAAUUAUAAUGGAGAGUCUCCCGAGCUCGGUAGUCCUGCCGCUCGUGGAUUGAAUUUGUAUGGAAAGAACAACUUGAAUUUAAAGCAAUAUAUGACUAUGUUUCCUCAUAGUCCCGACAACACGUUUCUUGGAUUUAUCGUUGACAGUAAGGAUAAUGUUCCAGAAUCUGUGAGCAAGACGAAAAUCUCGCUCACUUACGGAAAGCAUUAUUCUAUGUGGAAGGAUCUAAAGAACCGUGAAUUCUUGGACAUUAUUCACGAGAAGUUCGAAAUCCAUGCCACCACUGGAGGUCUGCCUUUAGGGCAAGUUAAAAAUUAUUUGCCGGAGUAUGUUGUCAACCAUGGUGUGGUUGGUUCCGCGAUAUUGCUUAAACUUCUGAAAGAAUCUACUAUUUUUAUUGGUCUGGGAUUUCCAUACGAAGGUCCAGCACCACUGGAAGCCAUUGCUCAGGGAUGUUUUUUCAUCAAUCCUAAAUUUAAGACAGCCAGGAACCGCGAAAAUACUCCAUUCUUUAAAGGAAAGCCUACUUUCAGAGCGUUGACGUCACAGCAUCCUUAUGCUGAAGAGUUCAUCGGAGAACCUCGAGUGUUGACCGUUGAUAUCGAGGAUCGCGAAGCGGUUACGGAGGCUUUAGAGAAGAUUAUAAACAGCCAGCCGUCUCCAUAUUUACCGUUUGAGUUUACGCAUGAGGGAAUGCUUGAGCGAGUGAACGCUUUGAUUCAUAACCAGGACUUCUGUAAUAAAGAGCCUGCAACAAUAUGGCCACCGCUAACGUCAAGAAUAGUGAUUACGGCUCUUAUUGGUCAAUCAUGCAAGGAUGCAUGUUUCAAAAAAGGCCUGGUGUGUGAACCUGCCUACUUUGAAAGUAUUAACAAAGAAGAAUUUUUUUUAAGGGCGUCAUUUCCCUGCAGCAUGGAACAACGAAAGAGGCGGAAUUCCCUCGUUGCUCCUGCUUAUGUUGGUAGCGAAAAUAUUUGUGUUUUACAAGCUGAGCCUUUGCUAUACAGCUGCACAACGCGGAGCGAAUAUGUGAAACGAAUAUGUCCUUGUCGAGAGUACAGAAAAGGUCAAGUUGCUUUGUGCAAAACUUGCUACUGAAAAUGGAAUUCCAACGUUAUUUGGAAACAUAAACGCUUCGACAAGACUUGCUCACGACUGCGCACAGGUCUUUAAAUACACCCACCACCUUUUAAAGAAACGAGGAUAGGAUCAUGUAAUUCCUGUAAUAAAAAUUAGUGCCCUAAAUAAAGUUUUAAUUAGAGCCAUAAAACUUUAUGUUGGGCAUUAAUUUUUGUUACACGAAUUCGAUUUCCGCUCGGCAAGUCUCUCGCUACUAUUUUAAAGUAAAAUGUAAUGUUCCACAUCCGUACCUGCACUUUUUGGAUGGUUGCUGACGGCUGAUUCGAAUCAUAAUUUAUCCAGGAAAUUUAGGUUUUAUUAAUAUUAAGCGAGAUAACAAUGUUAUUCGCUUUUAUAAAGCAAUUUCAAGCCACGUGUAACGAUGAUAGGAGUUACGUUACUAUCGUUUGUUUGUCGUAAAUAUGUAGUGUAUGCAUCGUACUUAAUAAAGAAAAUGACAUCUUUA